UGGGAACAGUCGGCCGGACUUCAGCGGAUCACACUGAUAUAAAUUAAAUGAUUAAACUGUGUUUACCAUACAGGCUGUUAUCAUCUCAACGGUAGGACUGUUAUACCAGUCAAGCCAAAGCGAAUGUGUUUUUAACUUCGCGAUGAGGGGAAGUAAACUAAGAUAGCUUAGCUGUCUAUCUAGAGAUAGUUAGCUAGGCAAAUUUAGACACUUUUUCAAGUAUUCGUGUCCAGAAAUAUGUUUAGUCUAUCGUGGAAAUAACGGCAGCCUAUUUUCCGCUUGACUAAGGAGAUGAUGUACAGUGAUAUAUCGUUGCGAUUGAAUGAGGAGUGUGGUACUUUCUUGCACUUCUUAGCCAGCUAAGAUAGCUAGCAUUAGCGAAGAGACAGCCUGCUGCCUAGCUAUUUUAUAAUCGUAAACUGAUUCAUGUGGCGUGUAAAAUAAAGAGAAAUAGGGUCAGCUUGCUAGUUAGAGCCAAGUUAACGCCAUGUGGGUAUUGACACGGAUUAUUAUUUUGUCGAAAUUCGAAGAAGUUUGCUGGACUCGGUAACUUCCCCUAUCAACAACCGGUUUCUGAACUAGGUUAGUCCGGUAACGUCGACGACUCGCCCCCUUCUGAAGUGGUUGCUGGCUGUUAUUUCUCCAGGAUCACGUCUUAAAACUAUCCUUCAGCUAAUAUUUGUAGUUAACCAAACUUUAAGCCCCAGUAAGUUUGAACCGAGGGAUAAGCAAGUGAGACAGACUGCGCUUUAAAAUUCCCCGGCGUUGUUGGAAAGUUGGUCGGGACUCCUACAUCGCGGGCCGAUGGCGAGGAGACGACUGGACAGUCGUAGCGGCCCCGCGGGACUGCUCGCCGACGCUCAGACACCAGUCCUCACGGAACCUCUGGACACUCUGUUUGAAAUCACCGGCGAGCUCGGCAGGGGGAAAUUUGCAGUGGUGAAGAAGUGUGUGGAGAAGGCGACAGGGAAGGUGUUUGCAGCAAAGUUCAUGCGGAAGCGGCGGAGGGGUCGUGACUGCAGGGCAGAGGUCAUCCAUGAGAUGGCAGUGCUGGAGGUGGCCAGGAACAAUCCACGUGUGAUCAACCUGCACAUGGCCUAUGAGACCGAGCACGACGUUGUGCUCCUGUUGGAGUAUGCAGCAGGCGGGGAAAUAUUUGACCACUGUGUGUCUGACGAGCUGAUGUCCGAGGGCCAGAUCAUCCGCCUGAUCCGCCAGACUCUAGAGGGCAUCCACCUGCUGCACCAGAGCAAUGUGGUGCACCUUGACCUGAAGCCUCAGAACAUCCUGCUGACAAGUUUAAACCCUUUGGGAGAUAUUAAAAUUGUGGACUUUGGUCUGGCACGCCGGCUGGGCUCUGCUGGAGAGCUACGAGAAAUCUUGGGCACGCCUGAGUAUGUAGCUCCAGAAAUCCUGAAUUAUGAACCGAUCACCACAGCUACAGAUCUCUGGAGCGUGGGAGUAAUCACCUACAUGCUGGUAACAGGAGAAUCUCCCUUCGCUGACGAGGAUAAGCAGCAGACCUUUCUGAAUGUCUCCCAGGUGAAUGUGGACUAUAGCAGAGAGGCCUUCUCAAGGGUGUCUGAGCUCGCUGUCCAUUUCAUCCAAAAACUACUUGUCAAAGCUCCAGAAGACCGACCCAGUGCUGCAGACUGCCUAAGUCAUCCUUGGCUGUGGCAGCAGGGCUCAGAGCCCAGUCCUGCUGUCCCGCGCACACCCCGGAGUGGGGGUAGUAAGUGCUCCGCCCCACCUGAGGACCUCGAAGACAAAGAGAACAUUCUGGAAUCUCCUCACGCCAAGAGGUUUCGCUUUGAGGAGGACUUGGUGGCAGGGAGGGAGGGCAGCCUCUGAUUGGGUGAUGUGGAAAAUACACACAUUCCUUCAUUGGUUUCUGGUCAUUUUUUUUUGAUCGGCCCAUGUAUUAACCACAGCAGGACCGGCACAAAUAACAUCAUGUUACUCUCCGAAAUCUUCUGGUCACACCAAAGAUGAUCCAAUGUUCAUAGCAUGAAGUCAUACUUCUGCAAUACUACAUGUAAGCAGGGCUCUCUAAAUCAGUGUCUUUCUUCUCCAUAUUUCAGCAGGUAUUCUAUUGUAUGUGGUUUUAUAUAUGUAUUUUAAUGUGGUCCAGUGUCUACAUUUUCUGUGAACAUCAUUGGCAAAUAUUUAUUUGAGGAUGAAUUCCAGUAAGGUGUCCAUAGUAUAAUUUAAAGUAAAGCUAUAAGGCCAGCACUGGAAACAAGGCCAAGGGUCCCUCUAGACCACAGAUAAUGAAAUGGACCAGAGAAGCUUAAUUUUCUCAACCUUUUUAUUUUUGUUAACCAAGAGGGUGUGUAAUAUGACCAGGGAGAUGCAUUGGGUUGCUUGAAAUGUAAGUCAUUUCGAAGUGUGUGUAUGCACGCUUCUGCUUUUGGUAAUGAAACAUCAGAGGGCUUUAUAGGCCAGUGACUCAGCCAAAGUGACCUGUCACUCCCUAAAUUGCUCGGAUGUUCUUUAGCAAGGAACACAUCCUCUUAGUCACUGGCAGUAUGCCAUAACGCAUAUGUUAAGGGAAGUAAAAGUCAAAUAAAUUGUACAUUUUUUAAUCUGUUUUCAUUUUAAGGGAGAUAUUUUUUUUGUAGCUCUUACCACAAGCUAUUUUCAUUUUGCUGGUUCUUUUUACUGCCAACAAGUAAUGGUCUCUGCAUUUAAUACGUGUGGCCGUUGUGUUACGUCUUUACCUGCGAGGAUGUACAUUCUGAUUUGAUUAGACAGAUCAGGAGACUUGGAGUCGAAUUUCCGUCUCAUGUAAUCUAUGCACUCAGUCAGGGUAUAGUCAUGUUGUUUUUUUAAUAUAAACGUAAUAGAUCAGAGUGUCUGGUCUUGGCUCCUAAAAUGCAAUCGUGUUUGUCUGUCCUUCUCCAUUCUGAGCCGCCUUCUCUCAGGGUCCACCGCACACCUCACUGCACAGGUCUCCCACAUCUGAUGGAUUCACAUACUUGUGUACUAAUCUAGUGUAUGUCAUGGAGGCAUGUAUAUGCAUCAGCCUCUGCUGCCUCCUUAUUGAUCGAUGUGCAGUGAUUUUAAUCUCAAAACAUCAGCAAGCACAAGUUUGUCCAGUUGAUGAAUUUUGACCUAUAUUUUUAAAAGUCAGGUGGGAUAUGGCAGGUUGCAGCAUUUAUGGUUCCAUUAUUUAAAAAAAAAAAAACUGAAAAGAGUGUUUAUGUAAUUAAUUGUAUUGGUCUGGGAUAAGUGGGGAACUGACUGAUAUCUGAUUCAUGCGGGCUGCUGUUAUUGCUUUGAGAUGAUGUGCUGAUGUAUAAGAAGGUGAAAUGAAGUAAAGAGUUAAGGUAUGUGCAAUGAGUUCCCAAAAAAGAAUGACAUGAUGUGACGCUUUGUGUCCGACAGUUCAGACCCAAAGGAACCACAGAGAUUUGGUAUCUCAUGUUUGUAAACAUGGGAGUUGGGAGUGUUGGAACUGGAAGUGGGUUUAAGGCCCAGUGUGAGUCCUUGGGGUAUAAUGCUCUGUUGGUCUGAGGAGGUUUGAGGAAUGUGUGUGUGUUUGUUUGCUGUGGGCUCAUGUGGCUUUCUAGAGAUGUCACCAGCUUGCAGUGUAAAAAGGGCCAUUGUCCCCAAGAUGGGCGUCAACCUGUGACAGGUCUAUGUUCACUGUGUGCUGUCAUCUUAAAGGACAAACAGGAGAAGUACUUCUGCAUUGUUUAGGGGCAUUAGGCAGGCAAAACUGGAAUUCUUGGUAAACAUGCUCGUGUGUCAUGUUUAAAAGGACAUAUACUUGAGUCAUGUAUAUGCAUAUACUUUUGUACAUACAUAUACUUUUCUAUGUUUGAAAUUAACAUUAGUUGAUGUAAAAAUUCAUUUCUAUGUCAGGAUUUAAGUUAUUUGAAAUGUGUUUCACUGUAGUUGCAAAGAAGCAUUAUAUUGCACCCUAGAGAAAAGACUGAUAAAAUCAACAUACGGGUUUCAGAUGUUCCUAAACACAAUGUAGGGGAUCAACAGUAUGUGCCAAAUUCUGAUUCACUACUUCACUGGUUUUCAAAUAAACAUGAUUUUAAAUCCUU